UUGAGAUACAGACGGUUUAGAUGUAUCUAAUCUGUGAUGUGUUACUGUCAAAUCAAAGUUUAAUGAUCAAAAUUUAUUUAAAUCAAAUAGAUAUUUUGAAUAAAUAUAUUAUAUUUAUUAUUGUUUGCUUUCAAUCAUGUCACAACAAUUAGAAUUAUUAACUGAAAAUCCGUCCCAGUGGGCUACAGUUAUGUUUAUCACACCGGAUAUUCAGAAAAAAGAAAUAAAACCAUUUGUUGUUUUGGCUUUGAAGGAACUGGAAGGUAAUCCAGACAGCAGAACUUCGAGUCUAAUGAAUGCAGACAAAUUUUCAGCAGUUCGGUCUGUGGUGAGGCAUGUGGCAAGAUCGCGCUCUGCUACCAAGGAGUCCUGGUAUGAGGAAGAUGUAAGAGCCUUUCUAGAAGGAUUAAGGUUUAAUGCGGACUGUGUCACUGAAUUAACCUCAUUGCUGUGUUUGGAUAAAAUGUAUGACAAUAUACCAACCCACUUACGAGUGAAGCCGGGUCUCGUGAGUUUACAGUGGAAGAUAGAUAUCUCCUUAGGUCAAGCCAACAUAUCGUCAGAGAACGCCGACUCGCAACGAGCAAACGAGAUUAUGCGGAGAGAUACACACAUUAUACUAAUAUUAACGCUGACAAACGGACAAACAAACACGUACAGGAUGUCUAUAAGCAAAUUCCACGAGCUGAGAUACACUGUGGCGUGCGCGUUGAAGAGUAUGAUCGUGUUGGAGAAAAGAAAGUGUAUGAGAAAGGAAUGACACAGGUCCUCGUGGGGGUAGUGCGUUGAAAUAAAUGUGUCAAUAGAACUUAACGAGUGUUUAUAACCAAGUCUGGCAAUAUGGCAAUUAGCUGUCAAUUUUCAAAACAAUUGGACAUUUUAAUAUAGACAGCAGCUAAUGAUUAAGGGUCUCAAAUUGGUCACGAAACUAAUCGAGCUAUUUCGAUCUAAUUACACGCAAGUUUAACUGAUAGUAAACAAAUUAAUUCUUGAAGGAGCUAGUUUCUGAAAUAAAGAAAGAAAGAAAUAUUUAUAGCUUAAUUUCUUACUUAACUAAAAAAAUAUAUUUAAUAAUAAACAAAAAGGAAACGAGAAGCACUAAAAUAGCUCAGCACUCAGCUGUAUGUCAUGUUUUUUUAAAUACAGCCGAUUAUUAAAUUCUAGAUAAAAUUUAUAUCAGAGGGAGACUACAAAAGUUUGCUGGGGCACCUCUGUCCCAUUUGUGUUUCUACCGUGAAGCAGUUGUGUUUGCAUGGCUGUGUUUCAGUUUGAAGGGUGGGAUAUGGCGUGAAUUUACAGGGCACAGAGGAAUAACACCAGAGUCCUCACAUAUGGCAACGCAUGGGGGGUAUCAUGGACGAAACAGUAUACUCUGUUAUGUCCAUGGUACAGCUCAUGUCUAUAGGCGACGGUUACCACUUUUCAGAAGGUAGACCGUCAGUUUGGCAUUCUAAUAUUAAAAAUAACAAGAUUAGGUUAUUUAAAUU